AUGAAUCGUAACGGAACCAGCCGAUCACCGUCUGUCAUACUGGCGGAUGACAAUCCUGCUUAUUCUUAUGGCUUUGGAUCGCCGAAAAGAAACAAUGCCGCCUCCGGAGGGUAA